AUGAGAUUCGACCGAUUGUUGCCCGCUCUAUUCUCCCUGUUUACAGCGGCAUCGACCCAGACACUGAGUGGUCUGACUUUUGAUGGCCGUAAUGAUGUCAGUCUGAUCUGGGCCUUUGAUGGCCAAACAACGGGGCGUUAUGACUUCUAUCUCUGUGCUGGUGACGAGUCAACGGGUGUAUAUGAGUCUUUGACGCGCGUCAUCGCCGCUGGCAGCUUCGCGCCUGGAGACCGCGUGUCUUUCCGAGUUGACCAGGACGUCGGUGGAAAUGACCCGAAUGCAUACUUCCUCAAGGUCGUCCCUUCAGAUUCCAAGGAGCAUUGGUCCGGAUUUACCUCACACUUCACCUUAACCAACAUGAAAGGCGCCUUUUCAACGACAGUAUCCAAUGCAGUCAAAUCAAUCCAAUUCAUCAUCCUCCCUUUGCUCCCAGACGCAGACGCAAACCUGCUCGACGCAGCCGACGUACCCUCAAUCCUGAACAGCUCAAUCCUCAACAGUGAUACCGGUGAUGUGACAGAAUCUUUCCUACAAUUCCCCACGCCAACUAUCCCCACUGGAUUGGACCACAAUGAGCUGCGAAAGCGUUAUGUGGACCAGCACACGGUUCCCUACGGAAUGCAGACGGGGUUGACGAAGUAUGCCCCGAUGCCUAAGCGAGCUGGCACCACUAUCGCAACUAGAUCACCAACACCUCAAUACCCGCCUUUCCCUUUCUCCAUUGCCACUACUUAUCUGGGGGCACCAACGGUGCAAUACACGGACACUGCGUAUCUGACUUGGACUACGCACAAUAUUGAGAAUACGGCUGCCCCAGCCGCUGCACCAACGCUGGACAAGAGAAUGCAGCAAUGGUUGGAGCGUUGGAAGGAUUAA